UGUGUGGGAAAGAGAAGCACGAACGUGUGUGUGGGGGGGGUGAGAGAGAGAGAGCAAACAGAAAGAGGCGAUCGUAGAGUGAGUGCCCUCGCACAUAUCCACUCAGCGCGAUCAGUCGCGCAGCUCAUUCAGUGAGUUCAUGUUCAUCACAUUCAUUCAUUCGUCCAACGCCAGCAGCACUAGCAGCAUCAGCAUCAGUAGCAGCAGCAGCAUCAGCGCCAACAGAUCGAUCGAUCGUGUGCAGUGAAGUGACUGGAAAAAUUAAACGUACUUAAGCGCUCGGUCCAGCCUGCUCGGUGCGCAGAGCAGAGCCUUCGAGACAUCCGUGAACCGUGCGAGCCGUGAACGUGUGCAAGUGCAAGUAGUGCAACUCGUCGAAAGGUGCAGCAGCAGAAGUGUACGCGCGCUUACCAAGGUCCCCGGGUGUGUGUGCGUGUGUGUGUGUACGCGAGACUGCACACCCGCCAGAAGAGAAAAAAAAAACACACAAACGCACACACAAAAACGAACAGGCGCGAUUGGAAUGUAACGGGCGGGCUUGAAGCGAAUAAUUUACCGCCCCAUUCGCGUGCUCGCGUGAACGAAAGUGUAUCGUGAAGAAGUGCGGGACCUGCCACCUACGCGAUCGUAGGCGAUCAAAGUGAGCGAGCAACUUUCGCAGGGCCACGUAGGGCCGAGAUUGGUUGGCAAGUGCCGGUGACAGGAGCGUGGUGUGGCAAACGGUUGCGCCGUGCCGAAGGUCGGAAAGGCUGCAACCUGCCCUGGGCUUGGGGGAAGAAACCAAAAACAAAAAAAAAAGGAAAGAGAAAGGGAAAGGGAAAAGUGCAACCGGGAAGGAUCGGCAGGUAGCAGGUCCUUUCGGGGCGACGUCAAGCCCGGAGUGGAGAAAUUUAAAACAAAACCAGCGGUAGGGCAAAACAACAAAAUAUCGGCAGAGAGAGAGAGAGAGAGAGAGAGAGAGAGAACAACCAAAAUACAUCUUGAAACACACCCCCACACACACGCUCGAGGCAACAAGAGUCAACAAGAAAAAGAAGCGCGUACGAAGGAAGCCAAGCAAAAGCCUGACCAUUUCGGGGCCACCCUUGGGCGUCCCGUAGUGCGAGUCCCAUAGUGCAGCGCCCGAUGUGAAAGUGUGUGCCCUAGUGACGGUGACGGAGCGCUUGAGCAGUUGCGGAUUUUUGGUGAAAUAAUGCUUGAAGCCGGCGGUUGGCCAGUAGUGAGCAGGAAACAUUCAAACGUGCCCCAUCCCGAGAGCGCCCAGCUGUGGGUGUGCAAGUUCGGUGGUGUGCUCGCACCGGCAGUGCAGUGGUGCAGCAGUAGGCAGUAGUAGAGCCCGCAAGGCUCCGAUUUUGUUUGUGUGCAUCCCCAUCCAAGGCUCCAGUCGAGCGUGUGCCCGCUUGGAGGCCCGCUCCGUGCAGAUGACCCGGCAGGGUCCGCGCGGUUCCGGACGACGGCAGCAGCGGUCCGAUCCGGCCAGCAGGACAUCCUUUAGGGCGGCACGUCGAAGGCUGCCCUCAGCGAACAUGCACGCGUUGUUCUGCGUUCUCGCGCUGUUAGCGAUGUCCCACGGUGUACUGCAAGUCACCGGUACGGCCUCGUUGGCCACAAACACCGCCGGUGAGACGAGCGAGUACGCCGAGUACGUGGUACAUGGUGACGGUGGCCAACCCAUGGUUGGUGGUGACCACGACGAUCCGGAACCGGCCGAGCCGGAGCUGGAGAACGAAAUCAGCGACGGCGAAUCGCAGGUCGUCGACGGGGCCGACGGUACCGUCGCCAGCCGGCCCGAUCCUACAACACUAGUCGAAAUCGAGAAGAAUCUCCUGAGCCUGUUCGGUUUUCCUAAUCGACCAAAAAUCGAUAGAUCUAAGGUGGUGAUACCGGAGGCGAUGAAGCAGCUGUACGCCCAGAUCAUGGGCCACGAUCUGGUCGACUCCGUCAGCGUACCAAAGCAGGGGCUCAACACGCGCAACGCCAACACGGUGCGGAGUUUCACGCACGAAGAGAGCCACAUAGACGAGCGGUUCCAGCAUCAUCACCGCUUCCGGUUACUGUUCGACGUGAGCAGCAUCCCGCGAGGCGAAAAGUUGCGAGCCGCCGAACUGACGCUGACGCGCGAAGGAAUCGCCCAUCGGACCGGUCGAGCGCGUGCGGCCCUCUACCAGGUCCUGGUGUACGACAUCGUGCGACCAGGCGUAAAAGGCCGCCGAGCGCCCACCUUCCUGCUGGUCGACACAAAAACCCUCUCCAUCAACGAGACGGGCACGGCCAGCUUUGACGUGAUGCCAGCCGUCGAACGAUGGCUGCGGCAUCCGCGGCGUAACCACGGUCUCUUCGUGCAGGUGAUGGGUCGUGGACGAAGGUCUAGCAGACAGCGGCGUAGCACCGGGCCACCAGCGCCAGCCCACGAGCAUGUGCGGCUGCGAAGAAGCACCUCGGAGCACCACGAAAGUUGGGCCCAAAAGCAACCGCUUCUGUUCACGUACACCGACGAUGGGCGGCAUAAGCAGCGACCGAUCCGGGAUGCGAUCAGCAGCGCAAAUCGAGCUCGGCGUGCAUCGGCCAAACGGAGCAGUAGGCGGAAAAAUGAGCUCUGCCAACGGAAACCGCUGUACGUCGACUUUAGUGACGUCGGUUGGAAUGACUGGAUUGUGGCACCGCCGGGGUAUGAUGCGUACUUCUGCCAUGGGGAUUGCCGGUUCCCGAUCGCGGAUCACCUAAAUACGACGAAUCACGCCAUCGUGCAGACGUUGGUCAACUCGUACAACCCGUCGUUGGCCCCGAAGGCGUGCUGCGUGCCGACGCAGUUGUCCUCCAUCUCGAUGCUGUAUUUAAACGAGCAGAAUAAGGUCGUCCUGAAGAACUAUCAGGACAUGACGGUGGUUGGGUGUGGCUGCCGGUGAGCCGACGGGGGACCCCUGUGACCCCUGUGAGAUGGGACGAAGAUAGGAAUCGGCAGGGCCGCUACUGUUUGUUUUAUUAUUACCUUAAUUCUUUGUUUUGUGUAUAACGACCGAGCGUACUAGGAUAGUAGGAGGGGGCUAGGCGGGGUGGGCCGACGGCGUUGUACCAUAGGGGAGCCGAAUCCUGGUUCCUGAUGCCAUAAUUGGGGAACGGUGG